UGUGAUAUUCUGCCUACGCUUGAUCCUGUCUGUGUGGGAGAUGAUGGGCACAAGGACUGGAUAUUUUCAAUCGCAUGGAUCAGUGAUACUAUGGCUGUUUCUGGUUCCCGGGAUGGUUCAAUGGGUCUCUGGGAAGUCACAGAGGAUGUGCUGUCCAAAAGUGAUGCCAGGCAUAUUCUCUCCCAAGUUCCUGUGUAUGCCCACAUAACCCACAGGGCUCUGAAGGAUAUUCCCAAGGAGAACACCAAUCCUGACAACUGCAAAGUUCGAGCAUUGGCUUUCAACAAUAAGAACAAGGAGCUGGGAGCUGUAUCCCUAGAUGGAUAUUUCCAUCUUUGGAAAGCAGAACAUACAUUAUCAAAGUUGCUUUCCACAAAGUUGCCAUAUUGCAGGGAGAAUGUAUGUUUGGCCUAUGGUCAGGAGUGGUCGGUGUAUGCAGUAGGAUCACAGGCCCAUGUCUCCUUCCUGGAUCCCAGGCAGCCUUCUCACAAUGUUAAAUCCGUCUGUUCCAAAGAACGAGGCAGUGGUAUUCGGUCAGUGAGCUUCUACGAGCACAUCAUCACGGUGGGGACGGGACAGGGCUCCUUGCUGUUCUACGAUAUCAGAGCCCAGCGGUUCCUGGAUGAGAAGCCCCCGCGUGCCAGCUACGGGCAGAAGCAGAAGCUCGGGGGAAGUGAGAUUCUCAAGCUGACCACGGGGAAAGGCUGGCUGAAUCAUGAUGAAACCUGGAGGAAUUAUUUUUCUGACAUUAAUUUCUUCCCAAAUGCUGUUUACACCCACUGCUACGACUCGUCUGGAACGAAACUCUUUGUGGCAGGAGGCCCCCUUCCAUCAGGACUUCAUGGGAAUUAUGCUGGUCUCUGGAGCUAAUAACUUUAUAAAUGCUGAUUUUACACAGAUUUCCACUUUCCUUUUUUAACAAAGAAGUUGUGUGAUGCCAUUGAUUUCUGUUUUAAAUGCAAGUUAUUUUUUGGCAGAGUUUUCUGUUGGUCUCCAACAGUCUUGUACAUCUUUCUGAACCAGUUUUUUGCUUUAACCUUCUUGUUCCUUUAUAUGAAGGGUUUUUGAAAUCCCUUUUUAUUGUAUUUACUCCAAAUGACUCUUUUCCCGCUUUUAGGCUAUCUUGGCCAUAUGCCCCCUCCCCUACUUUGCUGUGAGGUAGGAUUCCUUUCUUAUAGAGUGGUUGCUCCCGGGCUUUCUGUGAAAGUCAAGGGGCUGUGUGUGUGCAGGUACUUUGUCAGUUACAUUACCUGAAGUGAGGACUAUUUGUA